GGAAUUGAAGCUCAGCUGCAAGUCGAGCAAUGGCGCCCAACGACGUCGUCGACGCCGCAGAGCACCGCGUCCCGAUGCCACCAGCUUAUCCUCACGCCGGCCACAUCGGAGCAGCGGCGCCCGAGGGGCGGCUGAACCGCUUCGUCCGGUUCGUGGCGCUGACGGAGAGGGUGGGCAACGCGCUGGGCACGCUGGCGUUCACCUGGGCCACCGUCGUCCUGCUCGGCGGCUACGCCAGUGACCUUGGCAAGGACGACCCCAACGACCGCGGCUCCCAGUAUGAUUUCUGGUACGCCACAGCGAUCGUACUCCUCGAAGCCUUGAGGAUGUUCACCCGCAACAACAGAGUGGAUUACCAACUGUUCUUUAACACCAGGGGUGCUUUCAGACCUGUUGGCUGGAAUGGACUGAUUGCAACCCUAUGUUUUUUUGAUGUUUUUAUGAUCGUUUUGAAGAAAAGUUAUGUGUCUGAUAUUGGGCUUGUAUUGAUGGCAAUAGUACUUGCAACUGGUCGGUUCCUGUCUGGGCUGAAACUGAACAUAUGUAAUCCACUACGACGUGCCACGUCGCUUUGGAGCCCCUUGGUUGCAAUCCUACUGAUGGCUCCCCCUCUAUCAGAUCGCAGUCAUCGAUACAUAUAUAGUGAUGAUCCAUAUCCAAAUAAAAUAGACCCAUGGACCAGAUGGAUAGUUUUCACAGCACUACUUGUACCAGUGCUAUUAGUAACAGCAAGCAGGCUACGGUUCACAAGAAUCAACAAACUGGUGAAUAGUGCUCUGGACAGAAAACAAGCAUUUUGGCGCCGAGUUAUUAUAAAUUUGUGCAUGAUUGCUGCACUAGGGAUGCAGGUGUUCAUGAUACGCCUAGAUCCAUCCCUGGACUUCCCUGUGAUCAUAAUAACCCAAGUGUGUGCCUUAGCAGUGGUGUCAUUUGGCAACUUCCAGAUUCCAGCAGCAGUGGUACGUGUUGUGCUUGCACUGUUGCGCCUUGAACCGCUUAAGGACAACAAGAGUUAUGAUGGUAACCUUGUGGCAUCUCUUAGAAUCUUCUACGGAAUGGUGCUUGGACAAGGACUGCUAUAUGUUGUGGCUUGUGCGCUCGAGUUCUUUUCGUUCAUCCCGAUGAGAUCUCUUGUCCGUCGCGGCAGAUUUAGAGGCCAGUGGGGAGUGGAAUCUGUCAAUCUGUACUAUGCAUAUGCCUUCGAUAAAUGCAUGCAAGAGGGUGUGCUUGCUCCAAAGAAGAUCAGCCUCAGCACCUUUGCCAUGGAUUCUGUGAACUCAGGAGCAUCCAAGAAUCAGCUCUAUGGGAUUCGGAUGAUGAACAGCUUUCUACAAAGGGAGCCAACCAAGGCAAAACUCCUUUCAAAGCUCACCAAUUCUACCAAGACGAUGGCCAGAAUAAUCAGAAUGUUGGAUUGGACAAGUCCAAAGGAUGCAACUGUCAGAUUAUAUGCCGCAAAGGUCACCUGUGAGCUCGCAAAGAACCUCCGUGUUGCCACUUUCCCCGGCACAAUGCAACUAGUAUCAGCACUUCUUGACACUGAUAGCAGACAAAGAGGAAAUAAAUUUCUGGACACGGAUGAUGAGCAAGAAAAACAAGAUAUGUUUCCGAAUAUAGAAGACAGCCGAGAGGAAGAACGUGCUGAGGUAAGGGAUGUAGCUGAUAACCAAUUGCAACGACAAGAACUUAGGGACAACGAUAACCUGGUACAAACACUAACUAGCGCAACUCAGCCAGUUGGCAUCAACAAACAGAACUCCUGCAUGCUCAGAUGUUGGCAGAAGAUUUCAGGGUUCUGGUCAACUCCCGAGGAGCAGCUGUUGACAGACCACGACUUCUUACCUGCAUUGGCCAUGUCAAUUAUAGACAGUCUUGCUGGUUGUGAUCAGGACAACUGUGUGGAAAUCAGCAAAGCAGCUGACCUCAUCCCAAAGGUUAUAGGAUUCACAAGCAACAGAAGUGACAUGACAAAUACCGAGGCACAACAAAAGGUUCUGCUGAAGUCAUCACUGAAGGUGCUGCAAAGGCUCACAAGAAUUGAUGGGGAAAUAGGCAUAACGCUGCGGUGCAAGAUAUCAAAACAUCCCUGCAUACUGAGAAACCUCGCAGACAUCUUAGGAGACAACAGGAGAAGCCAGGAGCUAAGGAAGUUGGUGGCAGGAAUCCUCAGAAACCUUGCUGUUGAUGGGAACACAAGGCAGGAGAUCGGUCGCAUCCAACUGAUCAUUACCAGGCUGAUGCAGGCAUUUUUUCAUGCAGAAGGAACCAUGAGUACCAAUGCUGAUAGCUUACUACGGAAGGUCGCUGGGCAAGCCCUGACAAUGCCGACAACAGACAGUGUCCACAACUGCUUCGUUAUGUUGAAAGAACCAGAGUUGGUUAAGAACCUCAAGACUACGAUCCUGAACCAUGAUGACAGGUACAUAUAUAUGGCCGCAAGCCUGUUGCGUAAUUUGUGCCUGCAUGCUCGACCCAAGCUCAGAGAGUCAGACCUGAAGGAACUAUCGCAUACCUGGCGUGAGGUGUUGCAAAGAACAAUGAACGCGGAAGGGGCAGAACUAGAGAUCCUCAUUGGCCUUAGUUCACAGAUAUGUAAAGUCAUUCCUGAAGACUUCAUCCGAGAACUUGACGACGGUCAGAUUAUGCAGAGAUUUGUGAAGAGGCUUGUCGACGCACUUAAUGCAAAUACGAAUCUGAGUGCUCAUUGUCCUGGGAUCAGGAGGGUGAUACUUGAGCAAGCCAUAUACAUGGUGGAGUGCAAUUCUCAUUGUGCGGACUAUUUCAACAAAUGCAGGAUGACAGAAGCCCUACUGAUGGUAGAACAAACACUGUCAACGGCUGAGAACUACAGACUCUUCUUGGGCGAUGUGGGAUUCAUGGAGUACAGCUUGCCUCUCUCUGCUCUUGUGGCAAGAGCAAAAGAACUUAUGGGUUGUGAGUUCUGACUGACUACUAGGAUCAGCAGAUGGUGGUAAGAAUUGACAGGAGCCACAAGAACAAGAAUCCAAGAUACAGUUGUAGAUCUCAUGUUUGUAGUCUGAUUCUGAGAUGAACAAUGGUGGGUUUACGUACUGCCUCUCAAGACCAGGAUAAUUAAAUUUGUUUUAGCUGUAACUAAUUUAUCUGUGUUGUUACCACUAAUAGU